GCGAGCGAAAGGUAAAAGCGAAGCUGGAAGCCUGUUCUGCUAAACACUCGCUACCUACAAACUCUCUUCACGGGCCUGCCUUACUUUAUUAACGAGUUCGUUUUGUUUUUCACACUCGACCCAUUCACUAUUAUCUCGCCCUGAAGACAACGCCAGACGCCUACGACGCUUUACUUACCCUUUGAGAGUAAUCGAGCAAACCAGAAGUGACGUGCCUGUGGAGUGCGACCACCGACGACGUAACCCAGGGUCUUGGUACGGGACCUUCGUCUCGCAUCUCGCAUCAUUAUCACCAGCCUUCUUCCACCACCAAACAACAACAUCGUCGGUUUCGUCGAGACUAUUCUUCUAUAUAUACGGUGGAUAUUCGCAUUAGAUACCCAAGGCUCUCAGCCGACGAAUUCAUCCCGCGCCUCUCUCGCGUUGACUACAUCCCCGCCAAUAACUGAUACCCCAAGUCAAAUCGCCAACCACCAUGUUCCGAGCCUCAGCAGCAGGCCCUUAUGAUGAGGUCGUCAGUAUGUAGCGCCCUCCGCUUUAUUGGGUUCGGGCAAGAGAAUCUCAAUAACUUUCUCUCGUCUCGAUAUGUGCUUUCUUGCGACUAACACCGGUAUAGCCAAGGCCACCGACGAGAACCUCACGUCUGAGGAUUGGGGCGCCAUUAUCGAGGUCUGCGACAAAGUAGGCAACGACCAAAAUGGCCCCAAGGAGGCUGUUCAGAGCAUCAUUAGACGUCUUGCGCAUCGCAACGCCAAUGUCCAGCUUUACACUCUUGAGCUUGCGCAUGCACUAGCCCAAAACUGUGGGAAGAACAUGCACCGUGAACUUUCCAGCCGUGCCUUUACGGAUGCCCUCCUCCGUCUUACCAACGACCGUAAUACCCACACACAAGUCAAGUCUAAAAUUAUCGAGCACAUGAAGAGCUGGUCCGAGAUGUUCAGCAGCGAUCCCGAGUUGGGCAUUAUGAGCGAUGCCUACAACCGUGCCACACGAAGCAACCCGAACAUCCAGCCCCCAAGUGCUCCUCAAAAGCAGGGCCUCACCGAGCUCGAUCGCCAGAAGGAAGAGGAUGAAUUGCAGAUGGCUCUCAAAUUGAGUCUGCAGGAGGAGGAGCGCAAGAAGACUGCUGCAAGCAGUCCAGGCGCACAAGCCGGUCCUAGUGGCCAGACAGAGAGCCCUGCUCCUUCUGCGCCAGCUGGAACUACAGCGGCCACGGUGAGCCGGGUACGUGCGCUCUUCGACUUUGCUCCUUCUGAGCCCGGAGAGCUGGAAUUCAAGAAGGGUGAUGUGAUUGCUGUUCUCGAGAGUGUAUACAAGGACUGGUGGCGAGGCUCUCUCAGGGGCAAGACUGGCAUCUUCCCGCUCAACUAUGUCGAAAAGCUCACCGAUCCCACACCGGAUGAAUUACAACGCGAGGCUCAGAUGGAAGCCGAGGUGUUCGCCGAGAUCAAGAACGUUGAGAAGCUCCUCACGUUAUUGAGCACUUCCAACACAGCGCCCCGAGAGGAAGAUAACGAGGAGAUUUCCAAGCUUUACCACCAGACUCUUGCGAUUCGACCCAAGCUUAUCAAGCUGAUCGAGAAGUACUCUCAGAAGAAGGAUGACUUUACACAGCUGAACGAAAAGUUCAUCAAGGCUAGACGGGACUACGAGGCUCUGUUGGAGUCUUCCAUGGCCCACCCUCCUCAGCACAACUACCAGCAAUACGCAAUGCGACCGGGUCCCGGUCAGGGCUAUCCUCAAGCUGGCGGAUAUCCUCCCCAGGGAGCAGCUCCUCAGGACCCCUCAAGAUAUUAUACUCCUGGCCCACAAGAACAACCUCCUUAUCAAGCAUCGUCUCCUCCCCCUAACUUCCAGAACCAACCUCAAGGUCAACCGGCACCUUUCUAUGUAGCAGGAGCUGAGGUGCCCGCUGGUUCGCAGCCCUACCCUCCCCGGAACGAGUCUCCUUCCAAUGGUAAACAGCCAGCCCCUAUCAAUACCUCGACACCGGGCCCGAACUUCAACCCUUACAACCAAUCUCAGAGCAACAACCCUUACACGCAAGCGCCUACGGGAGGACGGCCUGGUAGCACAUACGGAGCCCAAGAGUUGGCUACAUCUGUCUACGAUUCCCCUAUAGCAACCAACAACCCACACCAACCGACUUCGGCUGCCACAUUUUCAAGCUCGGUGUAUUCUCCUGAAGAGCCCAACGAGAACGCCAGCGCACCACCCCCUGGUCCUUAUGCAACGCAUCAGCAGCAGCCUCAACAAUACCAGAGCUACAACCCUUCCCAAGUCCCUCCCAUGCCCACAGGGUCAGCUCCCCCUCCUCCUCAGAGUGUCAUGACACCUCCCCCUCUGAACCCUGGAAAUGCCGGCGGAUAUGACGCUCGUCAUGGUCUGCCCAGCCAAGGUGGUGCUGGUGGUCAGGCUCAAUACAAGCCUUAUGUGCCACCCGGCGAUGGUCCUUCGGCUCCUGCACCAGACAGUUACUAUCAAAGCGGUGGAGUUUACUAAGGAUUUGAUGAUUUGGAGGAUAGUCGACUGCUGCUAUAGCUUCAAUACAUUCCUGACGCGUGCAUAACGCGGGGACUUUUUGUUUUAGUGGUCAAGUUUUUUUGCUUGGGUUGAUCAUUCCUGGGCUCCUGUUGAUUUGGUCCUUGAAGCUUCUGAUCGUUAUAUUUAUUAUUUGCCAUGUCUAUUCCAUACGAGUUGCCUUAUAGUCGCUAGUUGGAUUAGUUUGCGUAUUGCAACGUUAUAGAUGAUGGGCUGGACUAGGGGGGGUUUAUGUUGAGAAUUAAAGACCAGGUCAAAGCAAGCUUCGGAUUGAAUGUCUCCCACUCUGUAGUUCAUGACAUUAAUUCUAUGCUUUUUUAUGUUCUAUUCAAAUAUUUUGGAUCGGAUGAUAUAUCCAU